CCAGACCCAGUUUAGCUUCUCCAACACAAAGGGCUGUUCAUGUCUUCCGAACUUCCUUACCGUAGAGAUUCCUACGACUUCACUCUUCUUCUAACUUCAUCACGGAAUUGAUUGUGAAUUUGAUUCAUUCAUACCGCAUAAUUGUUACUAUUCUAUUCUAUAUGUGACCCAAAAUUGAUUCAUUCAUUCUAAAUUGCUUAAACAUUCAGAGUGGUCAACUUUUAUUGUCUACAGAAUCAUAAUCAUUCACCCUUUUUGUACGGUAGAUGAAUUUGUGAUUCGACUUCAUGCUGAACGUCAUUUAAAAAGGAUCCCUGGCCAGAGCCAGAAGAACGAGAACGAGAACGAGAACGAACGAACUAUUCUAUAGUCUACGAGCUUUACCAUCAUACGAACGGAACCUUCUAGUAUUCUACAAUUUCAAACCAAGUUGUUCCGUUAAUAGCCAAAAUGUCUCCCUCGUUAGAUAUACCUCAAGCGGGCUUGAAACUUGAGAGUAACCCUCCCUCCAACAAGUCUGCCACGAAUAAUACACCUGCUAUCGGCUUGACUUUGAGCGAUGGAAUGAUUGAGGACAUGAUCAAAUGUUUUCAAAAUGGAAAACCAAUAGAAUUAUCGUUGGGUGGAAGUCCCGUAAGAGAAUCCCCCCAUGGCUUCAUUUACACUUGGUAGCCGGUCCUCGCCAGCGUACGGCAUGCCGCAUCAAUUGUUCAAUUUGAAAGACAAUGACAAUAAUAAUAUGCUUCAUCAUCAAAAGAGAAACAAUUGCUAAUGGAUUGUCAUUCUGCAAAUAGAAUUUGAUAUAUGGCAACAAAUCUCACACCCUUUCUACUUACCACGAUCCAUUUCAAUACGAAGUAUUCCAGACUGCGGAUCCUUACGAUACGACCUCGGAUCUGUCGAACCCAGAGGCACUAAGUGAGGUUAAAUUAGCCCACAAGAAGUUCUCGGGACCAGGAGCGCAACCUCGUUACAAAGCGGACAAUUUCAAGGCGAGUAAGAAACCUGCUCUCGCAACUGCCGGAGAGGAUACAGCACUGGAAAAUUUGAGGGAGUCGAUGGCCACAGCUCAAGCGAAGAAGGACGGAAAUACGUGAGUAAUCACUGGGUUGUUACAAUUGGACUUGGGUACUAAUCUGAAUAGUACAAAAAUCAUCAAUCAGGUACCGGGAAAACGAGGAGCGGCCAAGGCUACAAAUAAGUCGAAAUUUUUGAAUAAGGGGCUCGGAAGCGAUACAGCCAGGUCGAUGCCAGUCAGCCCCGCUCUUUCUGGGCUGGGAAGUCCAGCUCAAGGUGCGACUAAGUCGCUUUCCCAACAACAAGCCGAAUAUGCCAAGAGCAGUAGAAAGCCAGUAGUCCAUCUACUUGCCCUCGAACCAAUGACCGAGAAGGAACUCAACAAUCGAAUACCUGGUCCGAAAGAUGAUUUGAAGCAGGCAAUGUCGAAGGUGGGGGAUCUCAAUACGUCGACUGGAAAAUGGGAACUUCGUAAAAAUUACUACAAAGAGCUUGAUGUGUUCAAUUUCAAAUAUGGAAGCGAUGCUGAACGCCAACGGGCAAUUGAUAAUGCGGUUAAGGUUUUUGAUAAGAUGAGAUUGGGGCUUUCGGAACCUGAGUGGGAAAAGCUAUUGCCUAAAUCGGAGCGAGGCACCGGAAAGUCUCUUAGCAAGCUACAAGCUCAAAUCGCGAAUGGUCCAGUCGCAAAAUCAAAAUCUAACGGAGACGAGGAAGACUUGUUUGGCGAUAAAAUGGGAUCAAAGGUCAAAAGCGAGACUACAGCCAAAUCAGCUUCAGGACCAACAGCAAGCAAGACCAAAAAAGUCAGUGAGAAAGAAGCUCAGGCCAAGAGAUUACUCUCUAAGAAUCCACCCAAAACGGCAGCAGCAACCAUGAGGUCAAAGCCCGCGAAGAAGGAAGCCGACAAGCCAAAAGCAUCAGCGGCAAAGCCUUUAUCUUCUCAAUUUGUCAGUGAAUCUGACGACGAAGAGGUUCCAGCAAAGAAACCCCAAGUUACCAAGGCUCCAAUUAGGAAAGACAAGGCCAACAACAAACGUCUUCGCAACGAGGAGGUGGAUUCUAGCGAUUCGAGCCUACCAUUGAGUAAGAAGACAAAGAAGGAGAAUAUCAAUUCACACCGAGUCUCAGAUGCUAGUCAAUCCUCCCGUCCCAGUUCCAAUUCCACGACUUCCUCUUCAAACUCCUUCAAAGGAAAAGCGAACUCUCCACAAAAAUCCUCACCUUUAGCUUCCUCGCCACCAACGAAUGCAUCGGACUUCGAACAUACAUCCUCUGGUGAUCGAUCAUCAUCUUCCGCCUCUCCAGCUAACCAUCAUAAUUUGUCUAACACUCGCAACAAUCGAUCACCAAUUCACAAACGUCACCAGAAAUCGUCUAGUGUUGCCUCAUCAGUCUCAUCUACCGGCAGUACCCGUCAUUUGAGACCUGGUGUAUUGGAUCUAGCUCAAAAUUACAAAACAUUCUAUCCUAUUUAUUUGAAGCUUCAUAACGAAUUGGCAACAUCGAAAGUCAAGAAUCCUACCGAAGAAGAAAAUCUUCUCGCUAUGCAUGAGCGCCUGAGCGACUUGAAGAGACAGAUCUUGGAAGGAAUCAUUGAAGAAUAAAGGAGUCUGACACAAUUUCUUCUUAUACCGACUGGCUUGGCUUUACUAUGAAGUCAUUAAUAAUUCAUUACGCAACACACAUCAAAUUCUCAGCCAAAAAUGGCAGUUUUGACUGAAACUCUCCUUUCUAUCAACUGCGAAUACACUAUACUACAUAGUUAAAUCGACAAAAUUCUCGGCGUUUCCUCUAAUUUUCUACAUAUGGAGUCACACGGGCAUUUACCAUGGCAAUCAAAACCGGAUACUUUCUACCUUUCAACCGCUAUUUGCAUUCUUGUUUACAAAAUUUGAUUUCUUCUCCAUGGAUGGAGUUUCAACUAAAUACCCUUUGGGAACGGACACGGAUGGAUUCGGCGUCUUUUUCCUUUUUCUUUUCUUAACGUGUUUGAAUUAAAAGGAGUUUCUGGGUACCUGGUUAAAGAUAUGCCUUGGGAUACAAACGCAAAAUGCCGAUAUGGCGUUUUAUUUGGUUUGGCCUGGGAUUGAAUUUGGGAAUGGGAAUAUGGGCGGAGAAUUUAAUAUUUUCAAUGAUUGGGAGAUGAUUGAUAUGCGGUUACUGCACAUAUGGGCAUUGCAUUUGAAGAUGGGUUGGAAAUGGGAAGAAAGAUGUUAUAAGAGAUAAAAUAAAGAUACAGAAAGAUAUACAGAUGAAUGAGGGGAUGAAUUGCAUAGCGUAGAAAGUAAGGGGGAGGGAAAGAGAGUGUGUGAGAGAAAUGGUUUUCAAGAUGCAAGUCCUUAUAGCAGAAACCAGAAGAAGAAUAAAUGAUUAAAUUUUAAUAAUUUAUGAUU